GCUUUUAUGGAGGCUGAAGCAUUUGAAUACCGAGAUUUCCAAAAUGGCUUGAACCAUGCUCACAAAUUUUUGAAAAAUACACAGAUAGAAGAAAAUCCUCCAGAGUAUCAGAAGAUUUACAGACAUCAGAAUAAGGGGGGCUUCCCAUUCAGCACCAGGGACUGUGGCUGGAUAGUGACUGACUGCACUGCAGAGGGACUGAAGGGAGUCAUGUUGCUGCAGGAGAAGUGUGAUUUCCUCAUGCAGACAGUCUCAGAGGAGAAGUUGUACCAGGCUGUUGAUGUGUUACUUAGCAUGAAGAAUGCAGAUGGUGGAUUUGCCACUUAUGAAACCACAAGGGGUGGAAAGCUCCUAGAGUUACUUAAUCCUUCUGAAGUGUUUGGUGACAUCAUGAUAGACUAUACCUAUGUGGAGUGUACCUCUGCCUCUAUGCAGUCAUUAGAACACUUCACUUCCCAGUACCCAGCUUACAGAACUGAAGAGAUACGGCAAACAUUAGAAUCUGGCCUCCAGUAUGUGAAGAGUAAACAAAGGAAUGAUGGGUCAUGGGAAGGGUCAUGGGGAGUGUGUUUCACCUAUGGUACUUGGUUUGGUCUAGAGGCAUUUGCUGCAAUGGGAUACAGAUAUGAUACAGAAAAUGUUCCACCUGAAGUGAGAAAAGCGUGCAAUUUCCUCAUCUCCAAGCAGAUGGCAGAUGGGGGCUGGGGGGAGAACUUUGAGUCGUGUGAGCUCAGAGAGUACGUCCAGUCAGACACAUCACAGGUGGUCAACACGUGCUGGGCAUUGCUUGGACUCAUGGCAGUGAGAUACCCAGAUGUUGCCUUGAUAGAACGUGGUAUACGAGUGAUCAUGCAGCGACAGCUGGACAAUGGCGACUGGCCACAGGAGAACAUCAGUGGUGUCUUCAACAAGUCCUGUGCUAUCAGCUACACCAGUUACCGCAAUGUGUUUCCAAUAUGGACUCUUGGGAGAUUUGCCAGAAAAUAUAAGAUGAGCUCAUUAGCAAAUUGACAAUGCUGGAUGCAAUAGGCUUUAUGAGUUCUUUUCAAAAUUUUUCAAAUUUAUUUAUUUGCUGUUAUUUUUAUUUUUUUACUGUGCCCUUCUCAGAAUAUAAUGGUCCAUGUGGUCAUGUCUCUGAACUUAUUGGAAGAUAUUUCAAGUGAAGACACUUGGCAGUAUUAUUUUGGACUUUCAAGUGUACAGUAUCUCUGAAGUGUAAAGAAUAAAGUUAAAUGACAGUCUGGUAAACUCAACACGUGGUUGUUUUCAAUUGGAUCUGACGUCAU